AUGCGCCUCUUUCUCGUUCCAAUCUCGACGAAACGAGCCCUGAUCUAUUCUAGAGCUCUGAGCAGGGAUAUUCCUCAGCAGCUCUCGCUCCUCGACCGGAUUACAACCAAGGCGGCUCAGACAUGGUCGAGAUGGGAAGAAGCUGAUAAGGGGUGGAAGAAGAACCUGGUUUCCUGGGGGAAUCGGGUUCAACAGCGUAUUCCUUUUGAAGAAUGGGGUCUGAAAAGUAUUCCUUCUCUUCAAGCGCAACAGCGACUGGAUGAAUCACACGGGAAAACAAAGAUCGAUGUGUUAUUCCCGGCAAAUGCGAUCAAGUCGGACAAGCUACGGUCGAUAUUGCAGGUCAUCGCGACAGAGAGGCAGGACUUGCAUCGUCAAAGGAUGUUGUGGAGCCUCAUCGCAGCACCUGUUACUGCUCCCAUCGGGUUGAUUCCGCUAGUACCUAACAUCCCCUUUUUCUACCUUGCCUACCGAGGCUGGUCCCAUUGGCGAGCGUUGAAUGGCUCGAGACAUCUCGAGUUUCUAGUCAAAAAAGACCUUCUCAACCCAGUACAAUUCCCAGGACUUGAGCAACUUUACGCAAAGCGCCUCUCUCAAAUACUAGAUCAUCCUGAUCCCGAGAAACCCACACCGAAAACGGCGGACGAUGUUGAAAAGAGCGAUGAACGGCUCUUGCUUCGGAUGUCCGAUGCUAAGAAAUUGGCGUCGAUCCUUGACGCCCCUGAGCUUGCAUUGGAGGCGGAGCGAGCGAUUGUUCAAAUCGAAGAAAGCUUGAAAUCGAAGGCUCAGUCGGCUCAAGAAAAUAGUGAUAUUAAGGCCUCGAAGAAGGAUUAA